AGACAUAUCAAGAUAAAACAUAAAUAUCUUGGAAUAAUCAGAAGAGCAACAUGGGAGAAACUGAGAAAAGGAUUGAAACCCACAGAAUAAAAUGUCUUUCCAAAGUGAAGAUGUUUUUGUUGGCAUUAACUUGUGCAUAUGUAUCCAAAACACUAUCUGGAUCUUAUAUGAAUUCCAUGCUCACACAAAUAGAGAGACAAUUCAAUAUCCCGACAUCUCUAGUUGGAUUUAUUAAUGGGAGCUUUGAAAUUGGAAAUCUUUUGUUGAUUAUAUUUGUGAGUUAUUUUGGAACUAAACUACAUAGACCUAUAAUGAUUGGUGUUGGAUGUGUGGUUAUGGGAUUAGGGUGUUUCUUAAUAUCGCUACCUCAUUUCCUCAUGAACCGAUAUGAAUAUGAAUCUACAGUUUCAGUUUCAAGCAACUUGUCCUCAAACAGUUUCUUGUGUAUGGAAAAUGGCAACCAGACUUCAAGACCAACACAAGAUCCAUCAGAGUGUGUGAAGGAAGUUAAGUCAUUAAUGUGGGUAUAUGUACUGGUAGGAAAUAUUAUACGUGGAAUAGGUGAAACCCCCAUCAUGCCUUUGGGUAUUUCCUAUAUAGAAGAUUUUGCCAAAUCUGAAAACUCUCCUUUGUAUAUUGGGUUUAUAGAAACAGGAGCUAUCAUCGGUCCUUUGAUUGGACUUUUGUUAGCGUCAUUCUGUGCAAACAUUUAUGUAGACACUGGAUCUGUAAACACAGAUGCUCUGACCAUAACUCCCACUGACACUCGUUGGGUUGGUGCAUGGUGGUUUGGCUUUUUGAUCUGUGCAGGAGUGAAUGUCCUCACUGCCAUUCCUUUUUUCUUUUUGCCCAAAACGCUUCCAAAGGAGGGACUAGAGGGUAAUGCUGACAUCAUUAAAAGUGACAAAGAAGAAAAACAGAGAGGAGAGGUCAAGAAGGAAAAGAAUGGAAUCACUAAAGAUUUUUUACCAUUCAUGAAAAGUCUCUCCUGCAAUCCAAUUUACAUGCUUUUCAUACUUAUAAGUGUGUUACAGUUCAAUGCAUUUGCUAACAUGUUCUCCUUUAUGCCUAAAUAUCUGGAACAACAAUAUGGAAAAUCAACUUCUGAUGCAAUCUUUCUCAUUGGUAUUUAUAACUUACCUCCAGUAUGCAUUGGAUAUAUUGCUGGUGGUUUAAUUAUGAAGAAGUUCAAGAUUACCGUUAAACAAGCUGCCCACAUAGGAUGUUGGUUAUCUGUAAUUGAGUACCUUCUCUAUUUUUUAUGUUUUCUUGUGACUUGUGAUAAUUCUCCAGUUGCUGGCAUAACUACCUCUUAUGCAGGAAUACAACAAGAUUUAUAUGUGGGAAAUAAAGUCCUUGAUGACUGCAAUAGAGCUUGCAACUGUCCAACUAAAACAUGGGAUCCUGUAUGUGGCGACAAUGAUUUAUCAUAUAUGUCAGCUUGUCUAGCUGGUUGUGAGACAUCCUCUGGAACUGGAUUGAACAUGGUGUUCCAAAAUUGUAGCUGCAUUCGAACAUCAGGAAAUUCAUCUGCAGUUCUUGGGCUUUGUGACAAAGGCCAUGACUGCUCCAUGAUGCUCCAGUACUUUCUAAUCUUGUCGACAAUUAGCAGUUUUAUUUAUUCUUUAGCUGCCAUACCUGGAUAUAUGGUUCUCCUGAGGUGUAUCAAGUCUGAAGAGAAGUCUCUUGGUGUGGGAUUACAUGCAUUUUGCACAAGAAUAUUUGCUGGCAUUCCAGCACCAAUAUAUUUUGGAGCUUUAGUGGACUCUACCUGUUUACAUUGGGGAACUUUGAAAUGUGGUAAGCCAGGGGCAUGCAGAAUAUAUGAUUCAACAAACUUCAGACACAUCUACCUUGGAUUGCCAGCAGCACUAAGAGGAUUAAGUUUUAUUCCUGCCUUUUUGAUCCUGAUUCUUUUGAGAAAGCGUCAUCUACCUGGUGAAAAUGACCCUUCAGGAACUGAGCUUGCAGUGAUGAAGAUUACAGAGAAAGAAAAAGAGUGCAAAGAUGUUCAACAAAAUUCCAAGGUUUUGAAUGACGAAGAAAUGAAAACUAAACUAUAA